CGCCAACCAAUAUACAGGCAUAACAACAGAAGAACGUCAUAGGAGAUCCACGUACCGAGUAAGCGUGACAUUACUUUUGCGAACCGGCGUAUAAACCAGCAUUCUUUGGAUAAUAUUUUCAUUUUUUGACACAGGAAUAAGUCAUAUAUGGCUCAGAGGUUACUACAAAUAACACUUUUCUGUGUGUUUUUCAUAUUUCUGAGGAUACUUCGAACACAAGGCGAGUGUGCAGAGGACCAAUUUACGUGUGCGAAUGGACGAUGUAUCCCAAUUGCUUGGAAAUGCGACGAAGAUGACGACUGUCAAGACAAUUCAGACGAGCAGCUUUGUCCUGUAAGAACGUGCAGUCAAACAGAUUUCAAAUGUCGAAAUGAUAAGUGUAUACCAGGCAGUUGGCAAUGUGACAACGACGAUGACUGUGAAGAUGGAUCGGAUGAAGAAGAAUCAAUUUGUCAGGCUAGAACUUGCAGUUCUGACCAUUUCAGUUGUGAAAUAGGAGGAACUUGUAUACCCCUUGCAUGGCGAUGCGACAGGGAAGCUGACUGUAAUAAUGGUGCAGAUGAGAGAGAUUGUGGAGGCGUAACGUGUGCCUCGGAUGAAUUCUCAUGCAGCAAUGGCAGGUGCAUUACUGCUAGGUGGAUUUGUGAUCAAGAUGACGACUGUGGCGAUAACUCAGAUGAGGAAGGAUGUCCAGCUCCCACUUGUGAUGCUGCUGAAUUCAUGUGCAAUGGUUCCUACUGCAUGCCGAACAGGUGGCUUUGUGAUGGCGAUUACGACUGUUUAGACCAUUCUGAUGAAUCUGAGGAGUUAUGCGGUUCUGAAUCACCACCUUCACCAUGCUCUGAAAGAGAAUUUACUUGCUCAAAUCAAGAAUGUAUCCAUUACUCAUGGAAAUGUGAUGGUGACGAAGAUUGUCAUGAUGGUUCAGAUGAAUUUAAUUGUGAUAUAAAUGAGUGCGACACUAACAAUGGUGGCUGCUACCACACGUGUCAUGAUUUGCCGAUUUCCCAUUAUUGUUCCUGCACUCCUGGAUACGUCCUUGAUGUUGAUGGAAAAACCUGCAAUGACAUUAAUGAGUGUGACAUUCCCGGCCAAUGUAGUCAAAAUUGUGAGAACGUAAAAGGUGGAUUUAAAUGUACCUGUAUAGAAGGCUAUGAAUUGGAUGAUGACCACAGAACAUGCAAAGCACUAGGAGAUGAACCACGUUUAUUGAUUGCUGACAGGAAAGACAUUAGAGAAAUUAAUCUUUUUACAAAAGAAUACCGACUAAUUAUUGAUAAUCUUCGCAGUGCAGUCGCACUUGAUUAUGAUUAUGCAAAGGGAUAUUUAUACUGGACUGAUGUUGCUACUGAACAGAUUUUAGUUCAGUUUUCUUUCUAUGGAAAUAACAUGCCAUUGUUCUUUAUUUUAACAGAACUACAAUUGAUGGUGGUGAAGAGGAAAGGAGAAGUGAUUAUCGACAAGAAUGUGAACACUCCAGAUGGAGUGGCUGUAGACUGGAUUUAUCAAAACAUCUAUUGGACUGAUACUGGUACCAACACCAUUGAGGUAGCUCAUCUUGAAAAACGUCAUGAAGAAAUUCAGCGAACAGUACUUAUUGAUGAGAACCUUGAUGAACCAAGAGCCAUUGUACUUGAUCCAAUUGAAGGCUGGAUGUACUGGACUGACUGGGGCGAACCACCAAAAAUUGAGAGAGCUGGUAUGAAUGGACAACAACGACAAGUCCUCGUUGAUGAAGACAUACAGUGGCCUAAUGGAUUAGCAAUUGAUUAUGUUACUCGCCAUAUUUUCUGGGCCGAUGCCAAACUUAACAUGAUUGCCAGCACAAACCUGAAUGGAGGUGAAAGAGUGAACAUUAUCAGAUCAGAGACCAUUUUAUCCCACCCUUUCUCCAUCACUGUGUUUGGAGAUUUGAUGUACUGGACCGACUGGGAAACAGAAUCUAUCCACAAAGCUAACAAGUUCACUGGUAGCGAUCCAACAACGAUUACAGAGAAACUUUAUUCACCGAUGUCUAUCCAUGUAUACCAUUCUUUGAGACAACCAGCUGGUAUUAAUCACUGCGGCGUAAAUAACGGCAAGUGCUCUCACCUGUGUGUGGCUGCACCACAAAUCAGAUCAAGCUCUGCAAAAAUCACGUGUUUAUGUCCAGUGGGAAUUAAACUUCGAGAUGAUCAUCAUACGUGCGAUAUGCCUGAUGUCACCCCACAUCCAGGACUAAACGAUACCUUAACAACACCCUCUAGCCACGACAAUAGACCCACUACGUACAACCAUGCUGGUAUUGUCUCGCCUCAUGAGGCAGCAAUUGCAACUGGCACUGUAGUUGCUAUUGUAAUUGGAGUGGUUCUACUACUUGGCGUUAUUGUCGGUGCAAUAAUAUUUGUGCUUUGGAGGAACUACCUCAAUAGACGAAAAAGUUCGAUGAAUUUUGACAAUCCAGUUUAUAGGAAAACAACUGAAGAUCAGUUUGUGAUUGACAAAUAUCAGCACAAUCCAGGCAGGACGUACCCACCGGUAAGUGCACUGUUACGCAUAUCAGUGUUGAAAAAGUGAGAGUGAAAGGGGAACUAUCAAUUACCUGCUUGAUCUAGAACUUGUACAUUGUGAUUGGUUGACUCAGGAACACAGAAAAUGUCAAACCAUAGAGCUUUCACAGUUGACAUAUAUCGUUUAUUCCGC